AUUUUCGUAUAUACUUCUUUGUCUUGCCUUCUGCAUCAUUUUAUUUUUUCGAAGCAUCCUCCAGAAUUUCAAUCUGUAAAUCAUCUACACUUUUCUUUGCCAUUCAUAGAACCAAAUCGCUAUCAUGUCUUCUACAUACGCCCUCCCAAAGUCUCACCAAGAGGUUUGUUAUACUACCAAUUAUCCCUCUAUCAAGAAUAUUGGGCGGUUUAACUGACUCACAUCUACAGAUGUUGGAAAAGUCUUUGGUCGAGACUGAUCCUGAGAUCGCUGAGAUCAUGGUAAGUGAACAAUCAGCUGCUCUGCCUUUAUGCCAAUUACUGACGAAACAUACAGAAACUCGAGAUUCAACGUCAGCGUGAAUCAAUUAUCCUCAUUGCCUCCGAGAACGUUACCUCCCGUGCAGUUUUCGAUGCUUUGGGAUCCCCCAUGUCAAACAAAUACUCUGAGGGCUAUCCAGGGGCUAGAUAUUAUGGUGGAAACCAGCACAUUGACUCUAUUGAGUUAACCUGCCAAGCUCGUGCUCUCAAGGCAUUCAACUUGGACUCCGAGAAAUGGGGUGUCAAUGUUCAAUGCUUGAGUGGUUCCCCCGCAAAUCUCCAGGUUUACCAAGCCAUCAUGAGACCCCAUGAUAGACUUAUGGGUCUUGAUCUCCCACACGGUGGUCAUUUGUCUCACGGUUACCAAACUCCCCAGAGAAAGUGAGUUGCAAAGUGUUGAUUCUUAACAUUUUUGUGAAACUAAUUCAUCGACAGGAUCUCCGCUGUAUCAACGUACUUCGAGACCUUCCCAUACCGUGUCAACUUGGAGACUGGUAUCAUCGACUACGACCAACUCGAGGCCAACGCUUUGAUGUACAGACCAAAGGUUCUCGUUGCCGGAACCUCCGCUUACUGCCGUCUUAUUGAUUAUGCCCGUAUGCGCAAGAUCGCUGAUCUCGUCGGUGCUUAUCUCGUCGUCGAUAUGGCUCACAUCUCCGGCUUGAUCGCCGCUGGCGUCAUCCCAAGUCCAUUCGAGCACGCUGAUAUCGUUACCACCACAACCCACAAGUCUCUCCGUGGUCCUCGUGGUGCCAUGAUCUUCUUCCGCAAGGGUGUCCGCAAGACUGAUGCCAAGACUGGAAAGGAGACCCUUUACGAUCUCGAAGGUCCAAUUAACUUCUCCGUCUUCCCAGGUCACCAAGGUGGACCUCACAACCACACUAUUACCGCUCUUGCUGUUGCCCUCAAGCAAGCUACAACUGACGACUUCAAGAAAUAUCAACAACAAGUCGUUGACAAUGCUAAGGCUCUCGAGAACGAGUUCAAGCAAUUGGGCUACAAGCUCGUAGCUGAUGGCACUGAUUCUCACAUGGUUCUCCUUGACCUCAGAGCACAAGGACUGGACGGUGCCCGUGUUGAGGCUGUCUUGGAGCAAAUCAACAUUGCUUGCAACAAGAACUCCAUCCCAGGUGACAAGUCUGCUUUAACCCCUUGCGGUAUCCGUAUUGGCACACCAGCCAUGACCAGUCGUGGAUUCGGUACUGAAGACUUUAAGAGAGUUGCAUCAUACAUUGAUCAAAGUAUCAACAUCUGCAAGGAAGUUCAAGCUUCUUUGCCAAAGAGCGACAACAAGCUCAAGGACUUCAAGUCCAAGGCAGCCAGUGGUGAGGUUGAGAAGAUUAACGAGUUGAGAAAGGAGAUUGCAACCUGGGCUAGCAGCUUCCCUCUCCCAGUUGAGGGUUGGAGAGAGUAGAUGUUUGAUUAUUUGGCAUUUGUUUUUGGUGUUUAAGGUUCGAGUGUGGGCAAGAAAAAGCAAAUAGGGUUCAUCAUUUGCAGGCGCUACUUCUUUUGACUGAUUCAACGUCGUCAUGAUAUACCAGGAAGUGGCAAGGGAUUAUGAAUAAAAUUUAGAGGUCGAAUUCAAUAGACCACAUUAGAUACCUAGGUAGUAAAUCAACUGUUUCUACCGUCACUUUAUAUUUCAAUAUUACGUAUUAGGAGCAA